AUGGAUUGGCCUGGUUUCUAUGGGGGUUCCAAACAGGCUCCACCAGCAACUCUUCCCAAUCCUUCAUUCCUAUUUUUGUCUACUGUCAAUACUGCAUUCGAUAAUCCUAUUGUCCUGCCCUUGGUCCUUUCACACUCACUCAAUACAUGCAGAGCUUGA